UCUGAUGAUUUUUUUUGGUCUGAAGAACCACACUUGCAGUGGUCAGUGGUUGAAGAGGAAGGAGCGAGGACUUGAUCAGAGAUGAAUGCUCCGGAUUGCUAUGGCGCUUUGUUGUGCCCGAGGGCACGAAGAAGGUGUCGCAUGAGAGGGACACAAAGAUCGUGAAUGCUGCCUCAUUCACUAUCGAGCGUGAGGACGACACCAUUGGCAACAUUGUCCGCAUAUGAGCAGCUGCACAGAGACCCAAAUGUGCUCUUUGCUGGCUAUAAGCUCCCUCACCCACUUCUGUACAAGAUCAUCACGAGGAUCCAUACUACCAGCCAGUCUUCCCCAACACAGGCCUACACCCAGGCAACCAAAGAUCUAGACAAGGAGCUUGAGUACCUUAUGCAAGCUUUUGAGGAUGAGAAGAACAGGUGUGAGCCGAGGCUUUAGCUGGCCGAAAUGGAAGGCUCGAAGAUUGGGUAAAUGAUGACGUCAGACUACUCCCUGAAGGCCUGAACUACCAGGAUGGAGUACCUUGUCUAUCCUUGAACGUGUGUUAAGACUCCAAGAUCUCUUGCUGAUUCUGCUAUUAUCAUCUUGUCGCCUGUGUUUGGACCAUUAAGCUAGCCAGGUAUGCAAGCCGCAAGGUUUUUCUUUCCUCGCUCGUGGUCAUACACGGGGUUGGCCAAGGCAACACAUUUGC